CGAACGCUACUCGAUAAUGCAAAAGGCAAAGAAACCCGCCCGCCGUAGGGCCGAAGGAUUCAUCAAAAAUUCAUCGGCCGAUGCUUGGUAACUUUGCUCCCACUCGUUCGCGGACGAGCGCCUUUUGUAUUUUUUACUUUUACGCGCACCCGGGGUACCGCGCAACACGGCCAUUUUCAAGUGAUCGCGCAAAUCGAAGCACAUUCUCAAGGAAUUUCCUCGUCGAGGCCACCGCGCAGGUUAUCGCCAUUACGACGGUUUGCCGUCAUCGAGGCAUAAAUGCCUUUAAACGUUCGGCGAAAGAGCGAAAGAUUUCGAUAAGGACACAACGACCGAUCGACGAUCUUUAGAGGAAUCCGCCCACGUGGACUCCCACGUAUUCGCGGUAAGUUCCACCUACUCCGUGAUUAGGAAUCGCUCCUGCAUUAAAUAUGCACGGUGCGCAACCUUCCUGUCCUUCCACGGAGAGUGGGAAACGGCGAACGUCAUUUCGAAAAAUACCCGGCGGGGCACUCGUCAGCGAACCAAAACGAAAGGCAUCUCCUCGAGGGCAGGAGGAACGAGACAUUUUCCGUUCUCGCCUUGCCGGAACCGUUUCGUUUCUACGUGCCUCGGGUAGGGUAACCGUCGACGUCGCCGGAUACGGAGAAGCCGGAGAAGCACGCGCGUUGUUUCCGCCCUCCGUCGAGCGGAAGCGACCUUUGUGUCGUUAAAAAAAUGACCGCGUAGCCGGCGACGACGCGGACAUCCGAGCGUCGGGCCCGAACGUUUCGGAAAAUUCUCUCUUCUUCUCUUCUUCUCUUAUCGACGGGAGACGACUCGAGGCGUGGCGAAACGGUUUCCUUUCCUUCUUCGGACCGGAGGGACGACAAUGGUCGGCACCCGGCCACGGUUGCGCCACUGCCGACGACAAUACCCGGAGAAUACCAAAGAGCAUCGGUCGUUACGCUCCGCGAGGUUCUCUCCCUCUCCGUCGAGUGGACGGCCUCGCCCUGCUUCGGAAUCGCCCCCAUCGAUUUCGAUCGUUCCAGCCCACCGAUAAUCGGCCGAUUUGCGUUUGCGCGCCAGCCGCCAAGUGCCCCGUCCCCUGUGGGGAGGAGGGAAAUUCGGCCAGGGCGACCCCGACGUGGGAGCGCGGCCGAGCGAGAGGGGUUCCGCGGACGGAAUGGAAAGGAAAGGAAGAGCCGACGGGCCUUCUCGUUCAGUGCUUCUCAGGACGCGGCUCGAGGCGACGCACCACCUCCCGACCGGGGCCCGGGUGGCCUUCGGCAUCCGCCUCUUCGAGACCGUCGCCGAGGAGCGAGAGAGGGAGAGUUCCGGUCUCGGCGGCCCGAGAGGGAGGUUCGGAGAGACUGAUCGCCGUCGGGCCCCGAGUCGGCGAUGGUGUACAGAGGAAUCCUGCAGACGGACGAUCCCGUGGACGCGCCGAAGCUGGUCAGGAUGUCCGCCCUUCGGAGCAGCCGGCCCGCCUUUCCCCCGACGGCUCAUCCGAGGAUCGCGACGAGAGGACCGAUCGACGCCGACCGCGCCCGCUCGAUCGAGGAGAGGCGCCUGAACCGCGAGAGGGACAUCGAGUCGAUGGAAAAGGUCAUCCUGCGGACCACGGGCGUCAGAGUGGAACCCCCCCGGCUGAGGAGCAUCGGACAGAUCGCGGAGACGAUUCUGGCGAGCGCCGGCAAGGACCCGGAGCGGCCGAGGAGGUCCUCGCCGUCCUCGGCUCGGAUCCGGCGCGUCCUCCGGCCGGCCGACGACGAGGGGAGGGCGAAGGAGCCGGAGGGAACUCCGAAGGGAAUCGCCAGGGACGACCCUUCGAGCCGAGUUCCCCGACCCCCGGCACGCGCCAGGAGGCCGUCCAGGCCUAGGGAGGCCCCCCUGGACCGGCCGGACAUCCUGGAGGGCCUGCUCAGGGAGUCCGACCGGCAGCUGGAGAACCUGGCCGCCGAUCUCGGCCGCGAGAAGCGCCGCGGUCCCUGGAGGGGCAUCGUCCAGUCCAUGAGACUCCACGACGUCGAGCUGCACUCGGACAACGAGGACCAACGGAAAGAUCUCAACCUGUGGAACAAGAGCAUCAGCCAGCGCUGGAGGAAGCUGCGCCGAAGAUGCUCCAUCCAGGAGGCGACGGAGCCGCGGGAGGCCCUGAUUCAGGGAGGGACCUCCCGGGGCGCGAUCGGCUCGACUCGGUCCACCCCGGCCAGCAGGGAGGCAUCCCCGGCGGCUAAGUCCCUGCAGGAGGAGCCCUCCUCGAGGAAGCUCCUGCAGACCGGUUCCUUGAGGUUGCCGGGCGCCGGCAAGGGCAUCUCCGAGAUCCAGAACGUCCUGCGGAGCAAGUUCGGCAAGUUCAACGCCGGGAUCCGCAAGCGCAAGGCCCUCAGCGUGGCGGAGGUCUUCCCGCCGAAGGACAACGCCUCCAGCUUCUACGUCCCGAGUCCUCUGACGACGUCGGCCAGCCAGGACUUUGGCGAGCCGACGUCCCUGCCGCCGUACCCCUUCCACGGGAACCUGGAGACCUUGGCCGAGAGCGGCGUGCCCGAGACGAGGGGCGGUCGCUUCCGGAGGAACGGCGAUCCCGGCUUCGAGAGCAUCCACAUUCCCAGGGUCGCGCCCAGGAAGAGGAGCGCCGAGUUCAAGGUCGGCGGUCGGGUGACGCCGGCCGCGGUCCCGAGCGCCCUCGAGGAGGGGCCCGCCAGCCUGGGGGCCGAGAGGAGGGCGGCGAGAAGGGUCGCCAGCCGAAGCGUCGCCAACCUCCCGAGUUCGUCGGGGGCCGGGUCGAGGACCGGACCUAGGGCUUGGCACGACGCCGACGAGGGCCUCGACUCCGACUCCGAGCUCGAGGACAUCGACGAGGGCGCCGAGGAGGAGUCCCGCUUCUGCACGCUUCCCAGGCCGGGAAGGAGCGGAGCCUCCUUCUCGAUCCUGACCGCUCGCUUCUCCAAGGGACCCGGCCACAAGGGGCUCGGGUUCAGCAUCGUCGGCGGCAUCGACAGUCCGCGCGGGAACAUGGGGAUCUACGUCAAGACGGUCUUCCCGAACGGACAGGCCGCCGACCUGGGCAGCGUCAAGGAAGGGGACGAGAUUCUGUCGGUCAACUCGAAGCCCCUGCACGGCAUGACCCACGCCGAGGCCAUCGCGGAAUUCAAGGCGGUGAAGGCCGGGGACGUGAUUCUUCACAUCGGCCGCCGAGUGCCCAGGAGGAAACGGGAAUCACUGGCCUUGCCCUCGGCCCCCUCGGCCCUCGGGCAGUCCGGGGAGUGAGGCGGUCGCUUCCGGUAGGUCUCGAGGAUGCGGAUUACCUUGCGGGGAAUUCGGCCUCUUUCUCACGAUCUACCGGAAGCUCGCCCCGAGCCCCGCUCGCUGAGCCACCGUAUGCGGGAGGUCGAAAGGCCGAGACGAGUCUUUUCUUCGCACUCGGUUCCUUUUGCGCAGUCUUUACGCCAGAGGACGACGGUUUUAUACGGAAUUUUCCUAUUAACGUAUAGCGGACUAUACACGAAACGAAAGCUUCCUUAUCGUAAUAAAAUAACGGCCUAAAGUAUAAAUUCGUGGUAACUAUUGGCGAUUAAUAUCGAUAUCGUAGUAAGAUCGGUAAUAACCGAGUAUUUGCAUUUUUCCAUGUCCGAUGAUACCGUUCGAUUCGCCGUCGGCAAGACGCGAAAUGCCGCGAAAUGCCGUGAAAGGACCUUCCGGGGGAUUACGUCUCGACGCACCCGCUAUGCCGUUUUGCGAUACUCGGCGCAAAUAAAUAAAUAAAUAUCGUUUCCGCGACGUUGAACGUCGACGCGACUCGGAUGUCGCGAUACUCUGUACGGGAUGUAUCUCGAAUGCAAAUGCCGCUACAUAUUUUUCUCGAGACCGUAUUUUGGGUGGGUGUUUUAAGUCGGUCGUUCGAGGGUAUUUUUCAAACCGAUCGAGCCAGCCAACUCAAGAUUUAUACUUUUAUACGAAUCACCGUUAGAAGUACGAGAUAGAAUAACGGCGAAAUGGCCACGUAUCCUCCACUCGCCGCAUCGCGAGAUCUACAAAGGGUAUACAUUCGCGAGAGACCCCGAGUUGAGACCGAAAGAUUACACCGCGAGAGUGAGUUAUUUUUUAACGGUAGAUUAACAAAGAUCGCCCAAAGAUGAAGCCCAAAAAUAUUUUUACUAACCGCGCAUGAGACGCAUAUUUUACCAAGCAGAAUGCGAUAUACAAGUUUAUUUUAAGAGAGACGUUAUUAGUAUCUAGUCCAUAUGUAUAUUUCGUUUCGAAAGCUUUUGUAAAAAGACAAAAAUGAAUAAAGAGGAAAAUAUAUAGGAUUAUUAAGCGCGUGCACGCGAUGCACGUGUGUACACGAUUACGUGCGCCCGCGGGUCUCGCUCGUAGAUGUAGAUCGAAGGGAAUUUUUUUGCGUGGCGCGGUUCACGUAAACGUGCACGUGAAUUCGAUACGAAUAACGUUGCCAAGGGCCAAAGAGGUGGCUGUAAUUUGGCUUCUCGCGACAAGAGGUGAGAAUGACGUACCUACGACGGGUAUCCAUGCGUUUCACCUAAUUUUUCUUUCGCGACGUAUAACGAAUUGUAUAAGCAAUCAAUUAGGAUUAAAGGCUUACGCGAAGUCACCCUUCGAUGGCGCGGUAUGUACUCGAGAAAAGAAAAUUCGAAAAAGCUCAUUUUCAUCGGCGCGAAGCCAUAUUCCGCUAGCCGAUAAACGAUUAAAGGUACAAUGUUAAGAAAAAUAUAAUUUUAUAACGUGCGUUAUAAAUUUACGUGGAACGGUACUUCAUUUUAAUCGUAUUUUCUACAAAGAAACAAAUGUGACGUAUGUCCAGGAGAUCUUCGUAGACAGUCCUGUCUUAACAAAUUUAUAAUUUGACUACAACCUUCGUUUACUAAAAGUGUACGAGUUUGAGGAAUAUUUGAACCCGGGAUAUGAGCAUAAAUAAGAGUCUAAUCGAGCGAGCAAAUAUACGCGAACGUCGAAUCCGCCAGAAGUUAGUAUUAUCCGACGAAAAGUGCACUAUUAGCGGUAGAUAUUUACGGCGCGAGCACGCGAACGUCGGACUCUUUAUUAUCCCGUGACAUACACGGUUUACAUUUAUAAAGCCCAUGCAAUCGGUCCCGCGCAGCACUAAGCGUAUAAAGUACUAACCGAAAGGACCAAGUGGGAUCGCGAAAUAUAUAGAAACAAAUAGAAAUAAAUAGAAAUAAAUAGAAAAGAAGGAACGGAA